AUGGAAGACCUCCCGCAGACCAUGCGCUCGCUUGUCGCGCCGCGGGCCCGGUGCACGCCCGCCGACUACCUGAUCCAGGACAUGCCCGUCCCGAGUAUCGCCAUGCCGACGCAGGUGUUGAUGCGCAUGCACGCAGCUUCGGUCGGACCGGGGGAACUCCAAGCCAUGGCAGGCUUCAUGGGCAGAUUUGUCACGACUGAGUAUCCAUUCAAGAUUGGCGCCGAAGGCUCUGGCAUAGUCGUCGCCGUCGGGUCUGAAGUCAAGGGACUCCGCGUCGGCGACGAAGUGUACGGCCUAUACAUCGACAAGCCCAUGUUCCGGCUUCCCUCGCCCCCCGGCUUCGUCUCCGACUAUGCCGUCGCAGAAGAGCGCUUCCUGCUGCGCAAGCCGCCCACUAUGUCGUGGGAGGAGGCUGCUGGUGCCCCGGGCUCCGUCGUGACGGCCCUGCAGACGAUCCGCAGGGGUCUCCAGCUCGGGGGCCUGGAGAACCUCGAGGGUAAGACGGUGUUUGUGCCCGCAGGGCUGGGCGCCACCGGGUCUGUCGCGAUACCAGUCGCCAAAAACGUCUUUGGCGCAGCCAGGAUCAUCACCACCGUGUCGACCGCAAAGGUGCCCUUGGUGGAACGCUACCUCCCCGGCAUGGUGGACCAGGUAAUCGACUACCAGACGCAGAAAAUCCAGGACGUGGUGCCUCCGGGGAGCGUCGACUUCAUGUACAACACUACCUUUGCGACCCUGGACGAUGGCAUCCCGCUUCUGAACCCCACGACGGGCAUCCUCAUGUCCAUCGCGAGCCUACCUUCCAAGGCGGUGGCACGCGAGAUCGUCGGCGCAGACCGAUUCCCGUGGCUGCUGGGCGCGGUUCUGGACCUUCUUCAGCUGCAGUACUGGUGGAAGCUCCGGGGCACCGGCAUACGAUAUGAGUUUGUCUCAGGAGGGCCCCAGAUCAGAGAGGAUCUAGAGUGGGCCGGCGAGGUCGUGGCGCGGGGCAAAGUCAAGCCGGUGGUGACGAGUGUUGACUUUGAUGACUUGCCGGCCGUUCAAAAGGGCUGCGAGGCUACCAGAACGGGAAAGGGCGGCAUCGGCAAGUUCGCGAUGCGCAUCAAAUGA